AUGGAACGGAGAGGCCACGAUUUGGAAUACCAGAAUUCUUCUUGGUACAACCGUGCAAUGAAGGUUGGGACACCAGUCACACCAGAAUUCUUGUCAAUGCCGAAUGGAAUUGCCGAGUUGAAGAGGCGAUUUGGGAAUUCUGGAGCGCCACUUCAAUUUUCCUUCAUGCGGUAUUUGAGUUCUCUUUCAAUUAAUCCCAUAUCUUCCUCUCAAGAGGCCUCUUUUUACGAUACUGAUAUGGAUGAAGGGAGACACAAUAAUUUUUGGGGUAAAGCCUCUGAUUCUAGUGAUGGAUUUAUAGAAAAUAAUGAAUCCAUUGAUCUAAAUGCAAGCUUAAAUGAAGAAGAUGAGAUGAACCUGAAUGCAUUGAGCAGUGGGAAGGACACGACUACUGGGCAAUCAAAACUGUGCUAG